ACUCCUAGCCAGGCUGCUCAACGGCUCCCAACAGAGCUGGCUAUAAAAGGGGCCUGGCAGGCUUGGGGCACAGGAACCUGACCAUGACCGGAAGCCACAGAUCCCCCAGCUCCAUGCUCGCUUGGCUCCUGCAGGCCCUGCUUCUGGGCGGAGUUAUCCAGGCGGCUAGGAUCAUGGGUGGACAUGAGGCUCAGCCCCACUCUCGACCCUACAUGGCUUCCCUGCAGCUAAGAACGUCCUCCCAGAGCCACUUCUGUGGUGGGACGCUGAUCCACCCGAGGUUCGUGCUGACUGCUGCCCAUUGCCUGCAGGACAUCCCCUGGCAGCUGGUGACGGUGGUCCUGGGUGCCCACGACGUGCUGAGUCCAGAGCCCACACAGCAGAAGUUCAUCAUCACCCAGGUCUUCCAAAACAACUACAAUCCAGAGGAGAACCUCAACGACAUUCUCCUGGUUCAGCUGGACCGCGCGGCAUCCCUCGGAGCAGAGGUGGCGGUGGCCCCGCUGCCUCAGCAGGACCAGCCGCUGUCCCAGGGCACCCGCUGUCGCUGUCUGGCCAUGGGCUGGGGCCGCCUGGGCACCCGAGCACCUGUUCCCCGCGUGUUGCAGGAGCUGAAUGUCACCGUAGUCACCUUCUUGUGCAGGGUGCACAAUGUGUGCACGCUGGUGCCUAGGCGCGCGGCUGGCAUCUGCUUUGAGAGUGGAGACUCGGGUGGCCCCCUGAUCUGUGAUGGAGUUCUUCACGGAGUAGACUCCUUCGUGAUCCGGGAGUGUGCCUCCCUCCAGUACCCCGAUUUCUUCGCCAGGGUGUCAAUGUAUGUGGACUGGAUUCACAGGGUACUGCGCAGCACGGGCGACUCCCAAUUCUGACUCUGAACCUCACCCCUAACUUCCACCCAACUCUAACCCCAAUCCAACCCAUCCCAACCCAAUCCCAAUCCCAACCCAACCUGUCUCGACCAACCCAAACCCAAUGGAAACCCCAACUGAACCCUGAGACCCUGGCCCCAAGACUCCUCUCUGCACCCCAAAUGGCCCAGCACUGAGCUCUACUAGGGAAAUUUUGGGCACAGUGGAUCUUUCAAGGUUUUUCCUACCUGGUGUCCACUCCAGCGAUCCUAGCUCCUUCAUGUCGCGCCCCCAGAGCGUGGCUGACUCUGUCACCCUCUCCAC